AUGUCACCCGACAAGCCAGCUCAGAACGGAGACGUAGUGGUGUCUCAAACAGCAAAUUGUGACCACAUUCCCGUUAUUGAUCUGUCGUCUCUCGAUAGCCCAGAUGUCGAGGAACGUCAGAAGCUGGCUGCUCUAAUUAACGAUGCGUGUACCAAAGUUGGGUUCUUUUACAUCAAGAACCAUGGUAUUCCUGAGGAUAUGAUAGAAGCUGUUCACAAUGCUGCUGAACGGUUCUUCAAUCUCACCGAGGCGCAAAAGAUGAGAUACUAUAUCGGAAACUCAAGGAAAUUCCGGGGUUAUACUCCCAUGGGCGCCGAAGAGGCGACAGGAACAGAACAAGACUUGGGCUCAGAAAAAAAGACCGUUUCUGAAGCAUUUGACAUUGGAUACGAGACUGCGAUGGACCUGGAAAAGAACCCAAGUGACGCACUCCCGACAGACACCUUCGAACUGUACGGCGAAAAUCAGAUGCCUGAUGAGGAGAUGAUCCCCGGUUUCGCCAAAACCUACAUUGACUACUGUGGUAUCGUCUUGAAGACCUGCCGGCAGAUGAUGAGAAUCUUUGCUUUGGCUCUUGAGCUACCUGAAGAGUAUUUUGACUCAAAGAUGCGGCAUCCUGGUGUCACUUCGAGGAUGCUGCACUAUCCGGCACAGUCGGUUGGCGAGGAGCAAGGAGGGCUUGGGGCGCACACGGAUUACGAAUGCUUCACAGUCCUCUCUCAAGGUCGUGUAUCAGGUCUGCAAGUCUUGAACCAGCAGGGCGAAUGGAUACCCGCUCCACCAAUCCCUGGUACACUGGUAGUAAACAUUGGAGAUUGCUUGUCAAUUUGGUCGAACAAAAAGUUCAAAUCGACCAUCCAUCGGGUGGCUAACCUGUCGGGAAAGGAACGGUACUCGGUGCCGUUCUUUUUCGGCGUCGACUACGAUACAACUGUCUCAGUCUUGCCGCAUUUAGUCUUGGGCAAUGCUCCUGCAUGUGCUGUCCCCUUCAAAGCGGGAGCUUGGGUUCGAAAUAAGCUGUCUCAGGCAUGUAAUUGCGACGUAAGAGGCAAUAUCGAGGUUUACAAUUGA